CCCAUGCUGGAAUGUGGACGCACUCCCCACAGUCACCAUUUCCACCCCGGAGAGUUCCACGCUGGCAGCGCAGCCCCUUCCCCGGCUGAGCAUCGGGCGGAAGACCCUGGUGGCAGCUGCUGUGGGGGUCAUGCUGGUCCUGGUUCUGGUGGUCCUCAUCCCUGUGCUGGUCAGCUCCGUUGGCACAGGUGGUGCAGAUGACAGUGGGAGCCACUUUGAGAUGCUUGGUACCUGCCGCAUGGUUUGUGACCCCUUCCCCAGCCACGGGCACCACGGACACAGGAGGGUGGACAACGAUGCAGACCUAAGGGAUCACAGCAUCGGCCCACCGCUGCCUACUUACAGUGCCAAUGGCCCACACGGCAGACCAGGACGUCCAGGCAAGCCAGGUCUUCCAGGAGCACCUGGGCAGCCAGGCCCACCAGGACCUAAGGGUCCACCUGGAGAAGGAGUGGACAUUGUACGGACGGGGAUUCUAGGUUUAGGGGGUAAAGGGGCAGUUAGUACAACCACGUACAACACUGCGCCUCGGGUGGCAUUUUCUGCAGGACUACGAAACCCUCAAGAAGGUUACGAUAUUCUACGAUUUGAUGACGUGGUGACUAAUAUCGGUGGUAACUAUGAAGGCGCAACAGGCAAGUUCACCUGUAAGAUUCCUGGCACCUACUUUUUCAUCUACAAUGUGCUGAUGAGGGGAGGAGAUGGCACCAGCAUGUGGGCUGACCUGAUCAAGAAUGGUCUGGUCAGGGCCAGCGCCAUUGCUCAAGACCAGGAUCAGAGUUAUGACUACGCCAGCAACAGUGUCAUCCUUCAUUUGGAUGCAGGCGAUGAAGUUUUCAUAAAAUUGGAUGGGGGCAAGGCCCAUGGGGGAAACAGCAACAAAUAUAGCACCUUCUCAGGGUUCAUCUUAUAUGCCGACUGAAGGCUGGAGAGGACGUUGGCUCAGAGGUGAAAGGUCGCAGCCAGAAGACAUUCACUUCCUGACUUUCACUUGGCUCUCGAAGUGAGGUUAAUGUUGCCCAUAACCACUGAUCCACAGUCAGAUUGUUUUUUACAGAUGUUUAAGGUCAGCAUUGAUACAGUGACCAAGGCUGUGGAUCUGUGGUUAUCUGUAACUACCUCCUCAUCCAUAUGUUCCAUUAUAUACAGGGUGCCUAUGCCGCAAUUCUGAUGGACGCAAACAGUGACAGCCAUGUCAUGUGUCAUGCUGAGGUGCAGUAACAUUUAUGACAGUGAAGAAGCCUCACCGUCAUUUUUGAGCUGUCAUUACAAUUUCAAGUCUGGAAGAGUCGUGGAGACUGCAGUGUUUGUAAAUGUGCUGUUUAGAUUUAUGUUAAUAUCAUGUUUUCUCAUGCUGUUUGUACGAUAAGAUGUUGUGCUUCAACGACUGAGGAGCUAUAUUCUGUCCCGGGAAGUUUGUCAAGUAAGUGACACCAACAUGAGAUCAUGCCAGAUUUGAACGGCAGACGGGGUCACAAACUGUAUUGUGUCUUAGUGUGAGGAUUUGGAUAAUCAUGUCAUAUCAGCUGAUCAUAUUUGGCAUAUUGUUAAGUGUAUAAAAUGUACAUUUGAUAUUGAAUCUUGAUGUCUGAACACAAUCAAAGUAGUGUAGGCUACAUACACCAUAUUGUGUGUCUAUUAAAGAAUAUACUGUUGCUGUGGAUCGAUCGUUGUACAAAUAUAUCAUGUGAUGUGCUCAUUUGUAAAGAUUUUAUUUAUUUCAUUCAUGCAUGCAACACCUGUUCAAAUGUUCUGUGUGUUUCCACAAACG